CACAAGAAAAGUCUGUUUCUUCCAUUUUGUAUUCUGAUUGAUGUCUGUGAUUGCAGGAAACUGCCAUAUCUCUUACAAUUUAUCUGCUGUGUUUGAGUUAAGCUUUUGCAAGAUAGAAAUUUCUGUGCAGAUUUCAUUUUUGUUGCAUGCUUCUCUGCUGUUCCUUAUAACAGACCUGAUAAGGGAGUGACUUGCUUUACUGACAUUAACACAAGGAAGUCCAAAAUGUAAAACAAACUUGGUGCACAGUAAUGAUUAACUUGCCCUCCCACAUGUUGCUUGUCUGUGCAUUAUUAAAUAUGGUUUUGCCUCUACAGACCUGUUAGUAUAGAAGAGGUUUGGAGUGCAACUUUCAAACGGCAAUAAGCAGAUGUUUCAGCUUCCAACCUGAAGAACAGGUUCUGCAGAUAUAAAAGCAGCUAAGUGUCUGUUCAAGAUUGUUACCACCCUCUGCCUUCUUUUGCCUCCUCCCACUUUGAACUUGUUACCCUGGAGCUGAACUGUUUGAAUAAGGACUGUAAGAGCUGCUUUGUGAUCAGUUAGCUGAGAGCCCUCAGCAUGUAGAAUGCAGGGGAGGAGCCUUCACCCUCAGAUUUUGCAGUUCCCUCCUCUCUACUUUUUUUUUGUUAUGCUUAUGAAGGUUUGGAUGUACUGUGUGAAGAAGCUGGGACAGACUGACUGCACUGUCCAGAGAGAAGAGGCAAAGGUCUGUGGCGUGCGAGAGAUCCUGGGAAGAAACACGGAGUGCUUGUAAUGCUCGUGCUGCUGGGAAGGGCUGUCACAUCCAUUCUACAAAGACCGAGCUGAGCGGUAGUUCUUUCUCCUCACUAACUUUUACUCAUCAAUGUGUGGAAUAUGUGUCAGCAGGAUUAAACCAGGACAGUCUCCUGACAGUGGAAUUCUAGAUAAGGUACUUGCUGCGAUUUCUUACCUAAGCCAACAACACCCUCUGAAAUUUUUCUCCAAUUUUUAUAUUGACUGAAUCUUCCUGCAGACGUACGUUCUGAAAUACUUUGACUUAGAGCAAGCACUGUUGCUAGGUUGCUCUGAAAGCUUGAGAUGGCUCUGACUUCUCCAAAAUCUGUAUCAGAGGAUUUAACACAAAGAGAACUCAUGCUCCAUAAUGAAAGCUGUUUCCAUUUCCUCUCUGCAAACGUCAUCACAGUAGUGGAAAGAUGUAUGAGUUCCAUGCAAGCUGGCACCCAAAUGAUCAAGCUCCGUGGCAGUUCCAAGGGACUGGUCCGUUUCUAUUACCUGGAUGAGCACAAGUCAUGUAUUCGCUGGAGACCGUCUCGAAAGAAUGAGAAAGCCAAAAUUUCCAUUGACUCUAUUCAGGAGGUUUGUGAGGGGAAGCAAUCAGAGAUCUUUCAACGCUAUGCUGAUGGCAGUUUUGAUCCGAACUGCUGCUUCAGCAUCUACUAUGGAGAUCAUAUGGAAUCUCUUGACCUGGUGUCUUCCAGUGGAGAGGAAGCACGCACCUGGAUCACAGGGCUAAAGUAUCUGAUGGCAGGAAUCAGUGAUGAAGACAGCCUCGCAAAACGCCAAAGGACCAGAGACCAGUGGUUGAAGCAGACAUUUGAUGAAGCAGAUAAAAAUGGGGAUGGCAGUCUGAGUAUUAACGAAGUGCUCCAGCUGAUGCACAAACUGAAUGUGAACCUACCCCGACAAAAAGUCAAGCAAAUGUUUAAGGAGGCUGACACAGAUGACAACCAAGGCAUGCUGGGCUUUGACGAGUUCUGCACCUUCUACAAGAUGAUGUCAACACGACGCGAUUUGUACUUGCUAAUGCUCACCUACAGCAACCACAAGGACUACUUGGAUGCGGACGAUCUGAAGCGCUUUCUGGAGAAUGAGCAGAAGAUGACAAAUGUGACUAAAGAACACUGCUUGGAAAUCAUCAGCAAGUUUGAACCAUGCCCGGAGAACAAGAAGGAGGGAGCUCUGGGGAUUGAUGGUUUCACCAAUUACAUGCGGAGUCCAUCAGGGGACAUAUUCAACCCAGAACACUACCAAGUGAAUCAGGACAUGAGUUAUCCUUUGAGUCACUAUUUCAUUACCUCUUCACAUAAUACCUACCUCAUGGGAGAUCAGCUGAUGUCCCAGUCUAGGGUGGACAUGUAUGCGUGGGUGCUACAGUCUGGCUGUCGUUGUGUAGAAGUUGACUGCUGGGAUGGGCCAGACGGGGAACCAAUUGUCCACCAUGGAUACACUUUGACUUCCAAAAUUCUCUUCAAAGAUGUGAUUGAAACUAUCAACAAAUAUGCCUUUAUCAAGAAUGAGUACCCUGUUAUCUUGUCAAUUGAGAACCAUUGCAGUGUAAUUCAGCAGAAGAAGAUGGCUCAGUAUCUUACAGAAAUUCUGGGAGACAAACUGGAUCUGUCUUCUGUGCACAACGAUGAUUCUACCAGACUCCCUUCACCAGCAAGUCUGAAAGGGAAGAUACUGGUUAAGGGGAAGAAACUUCCAGCCAACAUUAGUGAUGAUGCAGAGGAAGGUGAAGUUUCUGAUGAGGACAGUGCUGAUGAGAUAGAUGAUGACUGCAAACUAAUGAAUGGAGAUGCAUCUACUAAUAGAAAAAGAGUGGAGAAUAUAGCAAAGAAAAAGCUCGACUCACUGAUAAAAGAAUCCAAAAUUCGUGACUGUGAAGAUCCAAACAACUUUACAGUUACCACUCUACCAUCAUCAGGAAAGGCUGGUCAGAAAUCAGAUAGUAAGAAGAAUAAACUUGAGGAUGAUGCAGAAUCUGGGGAAGAUUUCAGUACCAAUAAAAGGCAUAGCCGAACGUUGAUGGGCAGCUUUUCUAAACGCAAGAAAAAAGGAAGCAAAUUGAAAAAGGCAACCAGUCUGGAGGAGGGUGAAGAUGACAUGGAUUCUCAAGGAAAUGUAGCCAGAGGCUCUGUACAUUGCACCAGGAUAAACCGACAGAAGAAAACAAUGAAGCUGUCUCGGGCACUUUCAGACCUGGUGAAAUAUACAAAGUCUGUUGGCAUCCAUGAUGUUGAAACUGAAAUCUCUUCUAGCUGGCAGGUUUCGUCUUUCAGUGAAACAAAAGCCCACCAGAUACUGCAGCAAAAGCCUGCACAGUAUCUACGUUUCAACCAGCACCAGUUAUCCCGCAUCUACCCAUCUUCUUACCGUGUAGACUCUAGCAACUACAAUCCCCAGCCAUUCUGGAAUGCUGGCUGCCAACUUGUGGCAUUAAACUACCAGUGAGGGAGAAUGCUGCAACUAAACCGGGCCAAAUUUAGUGCCAAUGGGAACUGUGGCUAUGUCCUCAAACCAAACUGCAUGUGUCAAGGUGUCUUUAAUCCAAAUUCAGAAGACCCAUUGCCUGGUCAGUUGAAGAAACAACUGGUUCUACGAAUUAUCAGUGGUCAACAGCUCCCAAAACCAAAGGAUUCCAUGUUGGGAGACAGAGGAGAGAUCAUAGAUCCAUUUGUUGAAGUAGAAGUUAUAGGUCUGCCUGUUGAUUGCUUCAAAGAACAAACUAGAGUAGUUGAUGAUAAUGGUUUUAACCCAAUGUGGGAAGAAACGUUGGUGUUCACACUGCACAUGCCAGAGAUUGCACUGAUUAGGUUCCUUGUAUGGGAUCAUGAUCCAAUUGGACGUGAUUUUAUUGGACAAAGAACGAUAGCUUUCAGCAGUAUGAUGCCAGGUUACCGUCACGUAUACCUAGAAGGUAUAGAAGAGGCAUCCAUCUUUGUUCAUGUGGCUAUUAAUGACAUCUGUGGUAAGUGGGCUUCUCUAUGUCAAAAAAAGUCUACUUUUAGAAGCAGAACAUUAGACGCCUUGAAGGUCAAACAAGCUCUAGGCCUAAAGGGCCUGUUUCUCAGAAAUCCAAAGCAGGCCUCUCUGGACAGUCAUGCUGCUGGUCAGCUCCACCGCAAACACUCCUUUAGCAGCCACAUCUUGAGACGGACAGCAAGUGCCCCCACCAAAAGCCAGAAGAAGAAGAAGGGCUUUCCCGAAAUUGCUUUUGACACAAAAGACAACAGCUCUGAAGGGGCCAGUGAAGACCGUGAAGCAGAAGCUGCCUCACAGCCUCGCUUUGAGCAAGAGGCAGAAAAUGCUCCUCUGUCACCAGCUCCCAGAGAUGGUGCCAGUGGGGAGGUACAUGGCAAAGGGUUGAAAGAUGUCUGCCACUUCUCAAUGCAGAGGUCAGUCACUUCUUUAUGCAGCCUAGAAACUAUCACUGAAGAGCCUGUUGUUGCCAAUGAAAACCAUCAUGCCAGCCUCUUCUUCCCCCUGCCCGUUACUUACAGCGAUUCUGAGGAAGGGUCUGUGUCUGAUCAUUCCACUGAGUCUCAGUCCAAAGGAAGAAGCCCAUCCAACCAGCCUCAAGAAGUUCUACUCACUAGAGAACAAAGACCAAAUCUGGCUGCAGAAGACCAAGUGCAGGCAGCCACGAGAGCAGCUGACGCAAGUAUAUACGUCCAAGAAGAUGAGAGGACAAGCAUGGCAGGACCUCUCAAAGAAGAAAAUGGUUGGACACAAGCAUGCAGUCAAGCCGAAGGUCAGCCUAGUUUGGCAGUGCAUCCUCAAAAAGCCCGGCCGGUAGUGGCAGCAGGUAAGGCUACUGGCCAACCUGUUGAAAACUGCCAGAAGCAAAAUGACCAGACAGUUCAGGUAUUAACAGACUUGAAAAACACCAUUGAACUGAAAGGUCAAAAACUUGGUGCAGCGGCUGUCCUGCAGCAAAACAACAUGAUUAACAGCACACAGACAACUUUGCCUCCAGAUCUUUUCCAGAAAGCCCAGGCUGUACAGGCGCUACCUUCUCAGACGAGCUCUUACGUGUUAGUAAGGAAGUCAAAGAGUGAAGGGAUGAAGAUGUCGGACUCCUCAGCUUUAAUAAAAAACCCAAGUAGCAUAUCUCCAGCAGCAGAAGUAUACUUUGAUGCCACAGUUAACGACCGGAUCUGGAGCAAGCUAGACUGCAGCAGUCAUCGUGACAGCAUGUCUUCCUCUUCCAGCAUGUCCUCCAAUGACACUGUGAUAGAUCUCUCUCUACCCAAUCUAGCUCGCAAAAGCCUCCCAGAUCUUGGCAUCCGUCAUGAGAAUUUUGAGCCCCUUGCAGCUAGAAGGGGUAUGCGCCCACGGUCUGCUACAACAUCAGGUAACGAAAUGCCAAUGGUGAGCAAGAGCAAAUCCAAUCCUAACCUGAGGUCUGACCAGCUGCCGGCGGAUGAGCUCUGCCCCCGUCCUCUUGCCAGGAGUCCUCAAGAUGCGUUCUCAUCCAUUCCUAGGAGGCAUACCUGGAGCAGGCUGUACAUCGAAAGUCUCAGGCAAUCUUCUAACAAAUCCAAAGCCCAGGAUAUGGUUGGGAACAACCAGGCAAAAUCCAAGAGUCUUGGAGACCUUACCUCGGAUGAUAUCGUGUGCACUUUCGAAAGCAAAUACCGUAGCAUCAGCAGGAGUUUUGUCACUCGAUCAAUGCGGGAGCAGCGCCGCUCUUCAGGCCUGAGGUCCUCUGUCAAAUCACAGGAUGAACUGACUGAGCAGCUAAAGAAGCUGACAGCCUUUCAGCAGGAAAAUGAUAUCACUUCCCCCAUCAGUCUUGAUCCAACUGAAUCUGAGGAGGAAGGGGAGAGCCUGGGACUCCUGCGCAGGUCCUCCUCCCGCAGCCAGAGCAGGGUGCGGUACAUCGCCAACCGGGCCAAGCAGGCUCAGGAGAGGCAGCGGCUGCAAAGCCUCGGCCAGCUGGGUGGGAGCCCCAUUGAGGAGAGGGGGAAUCCAGAGGGAGCCUGCAGCGUUGCAAAAGCAGUUUGUAUGGAUGUAGCUUCUCCUACCGUGUUUACAACCCAGCCUAAGAACCAAAUUGAUUAUAACACUGACACAGAAGUCUUCUUUAUGCUGAAACUGUAA